CUAUGUCUCUUCUCAAAGCUAUCCAAUUUUCUGGAAAUCACAUUCUAUUUGCCUAGCUGCCAUCGUUCAUUACAGCAACAGAUAUCAAAUUGUCCUUAUUAUCGCAGUAAAUUUUCUAUUUAAGGGACUCGACCUUCCAUCAAGGACUUCAUUCAUCUUGUGGAUUCAUAAGAAGUGUUCAGAGAGCAUUUUACGAAUUACAUAACAAAAUGAAGACAGUAUUUGUUUUGUGCUUUGUUGCAAUGGUAACGGCUGAAGACUUCAGCAUCAAACUUGAAGAAAAUGGACAAAAGUUCACGGAGAAGAUCAAACUCGAUACCGUUGCAAAUACGGAGGAGUAUGAUGUUCCAGCGCACCAGGACAGAGUUGAAAUGCAUCUCCUGAAGGACUUCAAUAAGAGGCUGGUUGCGAUGAAAGUUCCGGUUUCCAAAGUAUGCUAUGUCGAAGCAUUAGAGAGCGACGUCCAGGCUCCAAAGGAUCUGAAAAAAAGCAUGGAAUUGUCUAACUCAAGGUUCCCAAGUGAAAGGUACAUGGUCCAUCAAAAACAACACCUGGUCAUAAGAAAGAUGACAGAAGAGGAAGUUGGAGAAAAGAUCGCUGCUCAUUGCGCAGGAUAUGAAAUCGUCUUCACUGUAACCCCAAAAGACAACAAUAUUGAAAAAUUGGCUCUGGAACUUGCCAAACCAUUGCAAAGACAAAGAAAAAGAGAUACGUUCACUUCAUUCUGGGCUUGUGAUAUCAAAAGUUCAUACGUACCAAGAGCUUGUAAGUUAUCAGGAGGAAGACUUGCUGCCAGGUGCCAUUUCUGGAGAGAUGAUAGAAGAACCUGUGUAUACGAAAUCACAUGCAGAACAGUCUAUGUAAAUGGCCAGAUGGCCGCAACUUGUGAUGGCGAUCAUAAAUACAGCUUGAUGAGCUGCUGUGAUUAUAUCUGCCUUUAGACAAUCCCUGCUAGUGUUGUAAAGCACAAAGUUUACCAAACUUUUUGGUUGCAAUAUUAUCUGUUUUAAGCUUGAUGUUAUUCUUAGUUAUAUAUUGAUAAUGAUAUUCAUGAUGAAAA